ACCGUGCGUGCGAGUGUUUAUUUCGAAACAUGACGUAAAUGAGUGCGUACAAUUACUUCCAGUGAAAGUUCAAGCAGUGGAAGUGGGGCACCCGGGUAUAUAAAAACCAUUCAAGGCUUACGGGAAGUUAGUACUUUGUGCCUGGGAACGAUCUGCAGUCGGGGUGUGACCGUUAACACAUCGGGGUUGCAACCAUGAAGCUACUGCUAAACUCUCUCGCCUUGCUGCUGGUCCUUCUUGCGGUGGAGGCAAAGAAGAAAAAAUCAGGUACCUGCGAGCCCAUAUCUGUGAAGACCUGCACGUCCCCUGACGUCCUCCACACGCACACCAGUCUCCCGAUCACCAUAAAGGCUGGCAUCAGCUAUUUCGAUGGCGUCACCGUGUUCAAAAGUCAGAAGAAGGCCCUCCGAAAGAUACGUCCCUAUGUGUCCCUCCUGCGCAAGGGAAAGGAUUGUAAGAAGUUCCUCAAGCCAUUCGCCUGCGCGGUUUACGUACCAGCUUGUGAUGACUCCGAGGAGAUGAGGACUAUUCCACCCUGUAGGGAGCUGUGCCACCAGGCCAACACAAACUGCAUGUUGGGAUUCCAAGAUCUGGGCGUUUUGUGGCCGAGUGAGUUUAACUGUGAGCUCUUCCCUAUGUCAACUGAAGAUCCUCAGUGCGUUUCAGCUUACAGUUUUUCAGAGAAGGAUGUUAACGUAGUGGAUUCACAAAUUAGGGUAGAGGUGUCUUGCAACUAUGACGUUAAACCACAGGAGCAACCCAAGUGGAUCAAGAAUGAAAGGCCUGUUGAGGAAAUCAAUAGGCGGUAUAGAACAGAAGUGGUAAACGGUCGAACAGCCACCCUUGUCAUCGAGGGCUACACGGACUCGGCUGAUGCAGGCGUCUACUCUUGUUUAGUGGAGAGUGACUAUUUUGGAAAGUCCAUUGAAUUGAAGGACAUCGAACAAAGUCUUUAUGAAGUGAUGCCUCCUACAAUGGAACCACCAAGUUGUGAGGCAUACCAGGUUCCGUGCCCAUCUGGUGACUGUGUACCUUUCAGUGCAUUGUGUGAUGGAGUACAGGAUUGCCCGAGCGGACUGGAUGAAAUGAAUUGCACAGUGAUAGAUGAAGGUGCCACACCUACAGGAGAGUGCCCCCUGUACACCGUCGCAUGCCCAAUGAAUCCUGACGUAUGUAUCUCGCCAUCAGCUUUUUGCGAUGGCAAAGAGGAUUGCCCAAGCGGGAUGGAUGAAAUGAUGGACUGCACUGAUACUGGCUCCAUACCUACUGGGGAGUGCCCACCAUACACCAUCGCAUGCCCAAUGAAUCCUGACAUAUGUAUCUCGCCAUCGGAUUUUUGCAAUGGCAAUGAGGAUUGCCCAAGCGGGAUGGAUGAAAAGAUGAACUGCACUGAUACUGGUUCCAUACCUACUGGCGAGUGCCCACCAUACACCAUCGCAUGCCCAAUGAAUCCUGACAUAUGUAUCUCGCCAUCGGAUUUUUGCAAUGGCAAUGAGGAUUGCCCAAGCGGGAUGGAUGAAAUGAUGAACUGCACUGAUACUGAACCGAUCAUGUGUGAACCGAUCACCGUCCCCGAAUGCUCGGUCGGGCUCGACUACACCACGGCAAUACCCAACUAUCCGCUCGGAAUGUCAAACAGCGACAAGCAAUCUAUGCUCAGCUCCCUGUCCGUCAUUUUCGAAAGCACCUGCGGCAGGUUCUUCCGCCCCUUCAUGUGCUCCGCCUUUUUGCCCCCGUGUCGGGAUAGGGUUGUACCGCCGUGUCGAGAGCUGUGUUUUCUCGCAGUUAAGAAGUGCGUUGAGACGUUUGAUGGGGUCCUCUCGGCAGAAGACCUGAUGGCCUCUGGAGGGUCUGGCGGUAGCUGUGACAUGAUGCCGAGUGAAGCUGACGGCCAGUGCUACAACGUGGAAGUGGUUUCGAUUGGCGAAGUAAUUGGGAGUGGCUCCGAGGACGGGGUAGAAAUAAGUGUGGAAUGCACCUACAACCUGAUGCCCGGUAUGCAACCAGUGUGGACAGAUCCCAGUGGAAACGAAAUCAAAACAGGAAGUAGAAGGCGUGUGAAGACUGCCAAUAUAACCGAAACGGUGACUGCCUUGAUGAUUGACAACUUCUCAGCCAAACGUUUUGGGGGCAUGUACACCUGCAGUGCGGAUGGCUUCUCCGCUACAGUGGAGCUGUAAAUCGUCAGACCACAAACUAUUUUUUUUAUUUUAUUUUUUUUAUUAAGAUACAGUCUUUAUCAUGGUCUCUGUGAAUUGUUUUAAAAAGCUAAGAUGCAAGUAGAUGCUUGCCCCCCUGGCUCAACCACUAGAACUACUGCCACAUUGUACUGCAUAAAGUCAGUUAUAAAAAUUGUAGACAAAUUGUAUUUGUAUCAAUAAGUAGUUUCAUAAACAUUGUAAGAGUAUUUUUAACACUGUUAUCUGUAUAAUUAAUCUCACAUUACAAUUGUAGUUGAUAUUUUAUAGCUGUGCUUGGUUACUUUUUGUGUAUACAUGUAUACCCGUAUACCUGUAGCUCUGUGAAAUUCUGCCCCGGUUACAUACUUCACUUGGUAUGCGACUUUCAUUGUUCAAAUCUUAAUAUCUUCAUUUGUACGUGUUGAUGGGAAACUUUGAAGGGACAUCACAGCCAAGACUGCCUAAGCACAAAAAGAAGCCACCCACAAUAAAAUGUUGCUUACCAGAAAAAGGGUACCAGCCAAACUACCAUGUUACAUGUUACAUGUUACAUGUACUGUACAAUUUGUGACUGGUAUGGAUCCUGCUCAUUUUUCGUUAAGCAGACAAGUUGUAAAGCACUAUUUUCUGCCUUAAAAGCGUCUCUAUGAAAUUGGGCCCAGGUCUCUAUGGCUACUAUACACAUCAAAUGUUAAGACUCAAAGACUGAUUUGUCAGUUCAUUGUUACAAAUUUUGGGUAAAAAUCACAAAUGAUUUCUACAAAAUAUUUUCACAUGUACUGUGCACUUUUUAUGUUUGAGGUUUUAAUUCAAAAAGAACAAUUCAGGUUUUAAGGUCAAGAAUGGUUUGUUCAAAAUGCCAGCUUAAGAACGCUGUACCGGUAAAUGUAGAUUUUGUAUUUUUAAUAAUUUGAUGGUACACUGUAAUAUUACUAAAUAAAAUACAGCAAAGAAAUAUUAUCAGA